CGCUGCCGUGCUUCCGUUACUGUUAGAAUGUGAAAACAAACGGACUGCAGCGCUCGCGCUAACGUCGCUAGCUAGGGCAAGCUAACGCUAACGUAGCAAGCGGUUUCAUGGAAACGGUUAGCUGUCUGUCCGGGUUAACAGCCCGGCUGGGGAGCGGAUUAUAAACUCGAUACUUGUCUGUGUCCGUGUGUCUGAAUUCAUGUGUAUUUGACAAGUUGCUGACAGGUGUUUUUGACUAGGGGGGGUGAAGUAAGCGGCCGGUGUCCUCGGCUAUCGGCAGACUAGCCGCUGUUCGCCGGCUACGCUCCUGCGGCUAACUUAGCACGCUAGCCGCUAGUGCGCUCAACUUGAGCUAGUCCGAGUUUAGCAGGCGACCCACUAGCCGCUAACGCUACGUUAUGUAAAUAGCCGACGUUAAUUAGACAAAGUGUCGUCAGAGACCCCGCUAACGAGCCUCAUUUAGUCGGCUGGAGUAAGAUUUUGAUAAGAAAUCAAAGAAGGAGGCAUGUCCUCUCCUGGAACAGUUUCUAUGUCAUAUUGCCAAGACUGGAGAGACCAUGGUUCAGUGGUCUCAAUUUAAGAACUACUUCCUGUUUAAAUUGGAGAAGGUGAUGGACGACUUCAGAGCCUCGGCGCCCGAACAAAGAGGUCCUGCGAAUCCCAACGUGGAGUCGAUUCCCUUCGAAGACAUGAAGGAGAGAAUCCUGAAGAUUGUGAAAGGAUACAAUGGAAUUCCAUUUACGAUCCAGCGCUUGUGCGAGCUGCUCACAGAACCCAAGAGGAACUACACAGGAACAGAUAAGUUUCUUCGAGGGGUGGAGAAGAAUGUAAUGGUGGUAAGCUGCGUUCAUCCAACCUCAGAGAAAAAUGGAUGCAGUGCUGUCAAUCGAAUGAAUGGAGUGAUGCUUCCUGGGAACACAUCUGCUUUCACAGAGAGGAAAGUGAACGGUCCCGGCACUCCCCGGCCGCUGACCCGACCAAAGGUGUCUCUGGCCAACUCACUAGCAGCCAACGGCCUGCCAGACAGCACAGACAACAAAGACCUCAACACAGAACCAGAAGACGACAAAGACUCUAGCGAGGUCACAGCAUCGGGAGGCUCCCUGAGCAGCUCGGUGAAGAACAAACACCCGGACGCAGAAGAGGACAUGGAGGCCGAGCAGCAGGAGGUGAAGCGACUUAAGUUCAGCAAGGACGAGGAGGAAGAGGACGACGAGGAGGACGAAGAGGAUGAGCAGGAGGUGGACACAAUGAGGCCUUUACAUGCCACCUGCCUCUCAAAAGAGGCAGAAGCCAUGGUCCAAGAGGAGGAGGAAGAGGAGAAGGUCGGGUACAGCAAGGAGAAUGAAGCCUCCAGCAGUGCUGCUGCCACUGAAGACCAAGAACCAACGAGCAGCACCCAGGCUGAGGUGUGUGCAGGCCCAGGUCAGGAGGCCGAGCAGGCUGAGAGGGAGGUGCCGUGCGGCUCCCAGGACGAGGGCAGCGACAUGGAUCAGACAGAGCAGCAGGCACCGGCAGGCGUCCUGGAGAGCCCAGAGACCAGCAGGGACAGUGAGGAGAGCAACAGUGACCCAGUCAGCAGCAGCAGCAGCAGCAGCAGCAGUAGCAGCAGUGGUAGCAGCUGUAGCAUAGAGGAGAGUGCAGAAGCAGCCAGAGAAGACAUAGCUCUUGCUCCCUCCAGCAGUACGACUGAACCUCCUACAGAGGGCGCCAUGGAAAGUGCCACCUUGAACACUGGGACCACUGAAGAGCCCAUGGAGCAGGACUAGACUGAAGGCCCCCUUGCAGCUAUGUGUGACCAUAAACCAGCUUGUCCUUGAAUCCAGCUUGACUGUCACUGGGAAUGAGGAUAACUGCACCUCGUACACAAGACGAACGCCUCGUUCCGCUUUUGGACACUCCUCCAAAAUGGCUACCUGGCAUUGAUGUGGGCAUACAAAAAAAUUUUCAUUUGAAGUUUUUUUUUUUUCUUUCUUUCUUUUUAACUGGAAUAUUUUAUUGAUUCUUAUCAUCUGUUUUUAAGUUUCCCUUAAAGAGGGUUGGUUUCAGCUGCCUUGAGUUUCUUGGCUGGAUUCUUGUUUUUUUUUUUUUUUUUUUUUUUUUUUUUUUUUUUUUUGUUUUUUUUUUGGUAGUGGGGUUGUUCGGAUGCUCGGGGUGGUCUGGUGUCUUUUCUUACGCCGUGCGCUCCAAGAACGCUCCAACAUUGGUAGUGUACGUUUUGUACCCUUUAAGCCCAGUGUACCACACUACCAGGGUCAGAACAGAGCCGCACCAUCUCCCUUAUUUAUGAAACGAUGUGAGCUGCCACCACCAUUUCUGCUCUUCAGUAACACCCCACCACCACCAUGUUACUCCACCAAGUUCCACCUGGCUGUUGAGAACAUGUAUUGUUUUUUUAAAAUGAAUUUCUCCAUCCUGAUGAGAUGGGAGACUUUUUUUUUU